AUGGCUCGACGGUUCACAAUGCAAAACCUCGUCAUUGAAAUGAUGAAUAUUAAAGAACAAAUUCAUUCUCAAGCUUUAAUAGAAGAUGCUCGCAAUAUAAUGGCUUGGAAGUAUUUUGCUAUGGAAGCUUCUGAUUCUAGAAGCUAUUCAGAUAUUGGAAGAAUGGUUCAGCGACUGCAAAAUAGCUUACUGCAACAUUAUAUAGUGGCUGAUUGGAAACUGCAUUGUUCUAAGUCUUGGGUUUAUCGAUGCGAGAUGGCAAAAACUGCAGAAGAAAUUGAGAUGAUAAAUGAGAAUUGA